UGGUGCAGUGUACUGGUUGCUAGGCAACACUAAACCACCUAACAGUUCCUGAGUCUGUUAGCUGAAAUAAUACCGACAGUGGAGGACAUUUGUCGCUGGUAUAACAAAAGUAUAUAAGUGCAAUAAACAAAAUGGCAUUCAGUUGUGACAAAAAAGGGCAUAUCGAUGAAAUGAAGCGCAAACUCCAACUUUUAGAGGCUGAAAAAACUGCAUUUUAUGAGAGCUCCCAGACUACCAUGAAAAAGAAUAAAGAGAUGAUCCAGCGUCUGAGGCAGGAGAACAAGGGACUGUUAAGAAAACUGGCAGAGGCUAAUGCUCCUGAUGACAGUAUCAUCAAAGCGGCUUUCAAGAAACAAUGUAUACCCUACCACAACAUGACAGUGAAGGAAGCCAUCGAAACUCUACAGGAAAAGGUCCUGUCAAAAGAGAAACAGCUCAAUGCUCUAAGACACACCACAAGGACCAAGCAGCGCCACCUGGAGGAGCUGAAGAUGGAACAGAACAGAAGGAAAGAAGGUGCAGCAGAGUGUGCUGAUGCUAUUGCUCGCAAAAAAGAGGAAGAUGCCAUGCGUCUGCGGGAAUUGGAGAAUAAUCUGGAGAAGACCCAGCUUAAAUGUACAGUGGCAGAAAACAUUGGUACUUGCUAUCUGAAACUCAAACAGCACUUGCAGGAUGAGAGUCUGACUUUCCAGGGGCAGUUAGACAGCCUUGAAGCAGAAAUCCUUAAGAGGAGAGAGGCGCUCCACAAGGCGCUGGCCAUGAACAGCGAAGCUCAGCUCUCUAUAAAAGCCACCAAGGCUGAGCUACAGCAACAGGAGGAAUUGCUCUACAAGGAAUGCAAAGAGAGAGAGCAUAUCAUAGCCAGCUACAUAAAAAAGACUGAGGAGCUCAAGGCCCCGGCAGAAAAAGGCGAAAGAAGGGCCCAGAGAAAAACAAUGCAGCCAGAUGAGGUAAGCAGUGAGGCUCAGCGCAGUACCACCAGGAUGGCAGGUGAGGAGGAGAAAGCCAUUUCAGCUUAUGAGGAGGCUUUCAGACGCAUCAAGGAGGCAACUGGAAUCCAAACUGUAGAGGAAUUUUCAGAACGCUACAGCUCACAGAAGGAGGCACAAGAAAAUCUGGAGAAUAUGAAGAAAGACAACGAGAAGGUGCUGCAGCAGCUGAAAGAACAGAAGGAGCUCCUGACCAAACAGCUCCAGGAAAUGGAGUAUUCCCAUGAGGCUAAAGUCGCCCAUGACCAACAGGAGCUGGAGGAGAGAGAGCAGCAGCUACAGGCUACACUGAGGAGGUGUGAUGGAGCUAAAGAGCAGCUGGAUGGGCUCAAAAAGAACCUCAGUACUGUCCAAGCUGCAGUGGAGCACAUCACCAUCAAACUUGAACAUAUCACACUGAGUGAGGGAGCACAAGAAGCGGAGGUGUCUCCAGACUCAGAUGAGCACAUGGUGACACUGUUGACCCAGAUUGGUUUGAAGUUGCAGAUACUGCGUGAUGAGCUUAAAGAAAAGGACCUGGCUGCGAUUAAGAAGGAGAUGGAAGAGGAGGAGUUCUACCUCAAGAUGGAGCAAAACUUGCCCCUUUCCAACAUUCGUGUGAAACUGCCUCAGGACCAAGACCUGGAUCUUUCUGAUGAUGAGGAUGAGAGAGACGAGGACGAGGCUAAUUUCCUGUCACGGGAAGAACUGAAGCGUCAGUCUCAGCUGAUAAUUGACUCCAAAUCCAAGAAAAAGCAUUAGAAGAAGAAGAAGAAGGGAAAGUUCUGAUGCAGUGCCACAAGAACCUGGACCAAAACCUGAGAGUAAAUAAAGAUUUAGUCAUGAGAUCUGAAUUCUCUGUUUAUCCACUUUAUGCACACGUAAUUAUGAAUAUUAUGCUACAUUUUUGUGAUUACUGCAAAGCCCUCUAGACCUCAAAUUUGUUUGCACUACAUAAAAAUAUCCAUAUUAUGAAAGGGAAGUAGACUCUGUGUGUCUAGGGCAUCACACAAAAUUAGGAAAGAGCUGACUGCUUCAGUUUGGCAUGCAUAUGUAUUUUUGGUCAAGGAAGAGACUGGCGAAAAAGGAAAGCUGAUAGGACCAAUAUUUUGGGAGAUAUUAGUAAUUUUGGAAUACAGUAGCCUUACAAUCACAUUGCUAUGCACAGAAUCAUAAAAUCAUUAUUGAAGUGUGUUACCUAGCAACAGAU